AUGGUGAACUACGGCUCGUUAUACCGGCCGCGGCACCGGCAGCACAAGGCGUCGUCCACCACGUCGCGCCCGAGCGACACACCGUCCGCCGUGUCCUCCGCCGUGCAGACGCCGGUCGCGGCGGCCCAGCAGGACGGCGGCAUGCAGCACUGGGCCGCCAGCAGCGGGCGCUCCAACUUCAGCGCGGCCAGCGCCGCCACGACCAACACCACGGACAGCGUCACGCCCGACGCGUACCUGCACUUCAGCGACGUGCAGCAGGACGCGCUGCUGCUGGACGCGCGCGCCAACGCCGCCGCGCUGCUGGUGGACGCCGUGGCGGACGCCGACAAGUGGCAGUUCGUCACGGCGCGCGGCCAGCUCCGCGUGUACGAGCUGCGCGCGGACGCCGUGGAGCGCGUGUCCAGCAUGACGCCCGCCGACCCGGCGCAGCUGCCGCACAACAUGCACACGAUGCUGGCCACCACGCGCGUGCGCGCGUCGCUCGACGACUUCAUGCGGCUGCUGGCGUCCCCCAAGCGCGACACGUUCCAGAACGUGCAGGCGGCGCUGUUCGAGGAGCGCGUGCAGCUGGCUGACGUGUUCACGAGCUUCGGCAGCCUGCCGAGCGGCCGCGUGGGCCGCAGCUCGUCCACGUCGUCGUCCGUGAGCUCCAGCUCGCGCUCGUCGCAGAGCGGCGCCGAGACGGAGCAGUACGCGGUCAAGUACGUGUCCAUCAAGGGCCGCACGGCGCGCACCAACUCGGGCGCGUCGCUCAACGGUGGCGCGUCCGCCAACGCGCUCAAGUUCGGCGGCAAGAACCGCCACCGCGAGCGUCAGGCCGCGCGACUGCAGAGCAGCAAGGGCCGUAACGGUGCCGAGAGCGCGCAGGAGGAGGGGCUCACGCUCUGCCUGGCUGAGUACGCCACCAUCCGACGCGCGCACAUCCGCGGCCCCAUGGCGCACAACCAGGCGCAGGACUUCGAGGACCAGCGCGUCGGCAUCAUCUCGCACCACUCGAUCGAGGACCCGGCGGUCACGAGAUACUGCAAGCCCAUCGUGACGUCGUCCGCUGGCGCGUCCAAGUCGUCGUCUUCUCAGCAGGCCAACUUCGCGCUCACGGCGCGCGCGCUCGUGCAGUUCUCGGGUAUUGUCGUGUACCCUGUGGCGUCGUCCGUGGCGGGCGACAACGUGUUGGAAAUGCUCAUCAAGUUUAGCUGCUACGACGCCAACGGCGUCACAUCCGCGCGACGGCAGAACAUGCUGGCCUACCUCACCGCCUUCCAGCAGCUGGACACGGCGCUGCUGGUCAUGCGGCUACGCGAGUCGCCCUACCUGACGUCCGAGAACUGGGUCAAGUCCCGGAAGAGCUGCUGCGUGUGCCAGGGCAAGUUCACCAUGUCGAGACGGAAGCACCACUGCCGCCUAUGUGGCGACGUCGCGUGCUCCAAGUGCUCGGAGAUCCACCAGAUCAAGCUGGGCAAGGCCGGCAAGUGUCCGUUCCGCAUCUGCGUCAACUGUCAGCACGGAGUGGAUGACAACCAGAGGCUCAGCAGGGGGCGCGUGACCCAGGGUCAGGGAGCAGUGCAGCCACCGAAGACCCCCGUGGGCGGGAUCAAUGCGCUCAGACGGCGACUGGGCAGUGGCCACGCGCCAGCGCGCGGCCCAGAGGAGGACGACGAGUACAACCGACCACCUUCGACGAACUCGAGCAGCGGUGACAGCUCGGACUUUUACGACUCGCGGGGGCUGCUGUCGUCCCAUGCGUCAACAGGUGGAGGAGACCGGACGCUGUCGAGCAUGUCUGGCAGCACGGUGAGCAGCUUCAACAGCAGUCGCGGCCUGGGAGCGUUCGGCAAGAGCGGCAGCUCCAAGACGCUGAGCAUCAGUGGCAGCAGCUUGGGCGGCAGCUUCUACAAGCAGAGCAACGCGAGCAACGCCACAACCAUGAGCAGCUCCCGCGGCAGCCGCUUCGACUAUGAGAGUGAAAAUGAUGUGGAGGGCAACGAUGUUGAAGGCCUCGAGGACAGGGAUUCCGAGAAGGUAGUGGAGGCCGUUCGAGAGAUGCCUCGUGAGGUGGAGAAGGAG